AUGACGACCUCCGGCCUCAUGGGCAUCCUCCCGCGCUCGCCUUCUCCAAGCGCCUCGUCCCCCAACCCGGGUCCGCGCUCCGACGUCACCCACUUUAUCAGAUCCACUGACACCACCCCAAAGAAGGGCGCCGCCAUUGAUGCCUCGAGCAGCAGCUCACGGCACGCCGCGGCCAUCGCCCCAUUAACGAUAGGCACGGGGUCUGGCGGCAGCACCGCCCCCGAAUACCUUGCCCAACAUGACGCCGGUGCGGCCCUGUCACCCCGCCUAUCGACGGCCUCGAUCCGGCGUUACUCGUUCGGAGGCACUGUCCCGACCUCGACGGGAAAUGUCGGAAGACGCAGUAUCGCUCACAGCUACCGGGUGCUCGGCUUCGACGAAGAGGCCGAAGAGGCCGUGGCAAUGUCGAGGCUCAAGAACGGUCAGGUCGACGUCUCGUGGCCCGAGAUCCAUCAAGACGACAACCUGACACCAUCGUCGCCGUCUGCUUCGCGGUCGGCGCAUUCGCGAAGCGGAAGCCUCCUCUCCAAGGGCAAGGCGCGUGCUGACUCGAUCCCGGACCGCAUCGCUGAAGAUCCGUACGGAGAAUUCAGCGACGCCGAUGACACGUUGCCGCUCGCGGACAUCGAUCUGGAACAGGGCGCCGGACCCAGCGCUUCUGGUGCGCCAUCGCAUAGCACGCAAGGCGCGGCGGACCGCUCCAUCUAUGGGCACAAGUCGCCAUCACGCCUCGGACUCUUGCGCGGGCUAGGCAUCGGCCAGAGCGAUGCAGCCUCGCCCUAUGCUCCAAGGGCCAAAGAGUACGAAUCGGACGAAGAGGAUCUCGAGGCAUCCAAGCCGACCUACUUUCGAGAAUUCGGCAGCACUUCCGGAGGCGAGAGCGGCGGCGGACUGGGCAAGAUGGGAUCUCCUGACGGCUUUGAAGCCGUCACGGCGAGGGAGUCGGCCUGGAUGUGGGCAAGCGUGCUGCUCGUGGCCGCAAUCUGCCUCGUUGCGAUGCUGAUUAGCACCGACGUGAUCGAUUGGCCGGGUGAUGGUCUGGGAAGGAAUUGA